UCAUUUUCGUUUCGGUUGUCGUGCGGUUCACGCGCGGUUUUAUUGACGGCAGUGCGAAAGUGCGAAAAGAGUGUGUUGCAAAUUUCAAGCAUUAUUUUCAAGUUACAAAUUAUAUACAUACAUACAUACAAAUACUAUGUGCAGUGAACAGUGAAAACUGUCGUAAACCGAUGCACGUUAAGCAUUGUGGGCGGCUGCACUUGUAACAGUUAUGGCAACAUAAAUGAAAAAAUACACAAAUUUUAAAAAAGCAAAUGUGAAGAAAAACGCCCACGGCGAAAAUUAUUGCCCCGUAUCGAUGUGUGCAUGUGUGCGUAUGCAUAUGCGUGUGCCCGCGAAACUGUGUAUAUGUGAGUGCGGGCAAAAAUAAGGGGAAUAGGUGAAUUGAGCAUAUGAAAUUGUUUGCCAAAAAAGGGAAAGCCGAUGAAAAUCAAAUGGGAAUUGCGGGCAGGCCCAAAGCUACGCAAUCGCCAAAUUUCGUUUCUGUGCGAGUGUUUUAGAAAAGCAGAAGCAGAGAAGCAGACAAACAAAAUACGAAAGUGCGCAACAAAGCGAGGACGCCGAUAAGCAAACCAGCAGCCGUCGAGCAGCGUUUUACUUGACACAGCCUCUUAAAUUCCACUAAUCAUUUAUUACAAUUACUGUGAACAACAAUCGAUCGUGUGUGUGCGGUAUCUCUGUGAGUGUAUCAGUGUUGGUGUGUGUGUGUGUGUGUGUUAACAGGGCCAAAGAGCCGACAAAUAUUCAAAAUGAAAUCAUUUCAAAGUGAAUGAGUGAGCAGAAAUAAUAAAACUGAAAUAACGAAAACAACAACGAGCAGAAGAAGAACGACAACAGCACUAAUUAUUUAAAUAUGAAAAUUUGGAUUACUACAACAGCAACAACAUAAUCAUCAACGACAACAACAACAACUAGUGGAAGAGCUAUGAAACAUCCCAAUUGGAGGACAAAAUAAAGACGGAUCAAAGAUUGUUGUGGCAGUUAAAAGCACAACAAAAACAAAAAUAAUAAUAAUAACAAAAAGGAAAACAAACAACAAAAACUUUGCACUUUAACAUGAACAAAAAUGCCGGCGAUGGCAGCGGCAACGAUGGCAAAAACUCAAAUAAUCACGGUGGAAAAGGGGGCUCCGGGGCGGGUGGCGGCGCAGGGGCUGGCAAUCCCCAUGAUCCCACCGGACUGUUAGAUGCGGCAUCGCUGUUCGCCUAUUGGGGCCGCGAUCCAACUGGCGCUGCAGCUGCGGCUGCCUCAAAUCCGCUCUUCAACUCGCAGUUCAAUGCAGCCGCUGCCGCCGGCUUGGGCCUGCUGCCAAAUGCUGCGGGCGCAGCAGCAGCUGCUGCCAACGACCGUUAUUCAUCAAUGGCCGCAGCAGCAGCGGCAGCUGCCGGCGCCCACCAUCAUCAGAACACAAUGGCCGUCGCGGCCUCGCAGGCAGCCAGCCUAGCGGGUCUGCACCCAGCAAGCUGGUGGUCCAUGGCUCAGUUGGCAGCGCAGGAUUAUUUCAGUCGCUUGCAGGCAUCGGGCCUCUCGCCAUUUCCCCAUCCCGAUCUGGCCGCUGCCUUUGGGCCCGCUGCCAUGGCGAUGGGCGGCGGGGGCACUGGCUCUAGCGGUGGUGCAGGCGGCGGUGCGGGCAUGGUGGGCGUUGGCGGCGGUGGAGGUGGCGGCUCGGGCGGUGGCAGCAGCUCCAGCAGCAAGUCGAACAAAUCGCGCAAAGAGAAGCGCGCCGCUCAGCAGCAGCAGCAGCAACAACAACAACAGCAGCAACAACAAAAUCUGGCCAACAGUCUGAAUGCUGCAGCGGCAGCAGCAGCCGCGGCGGCUGCGAACAAUCCAGCUGCAGCGCUGGCCAGCAUGCAUGGCUUUGGACUGCCAGGCACCAGCAUGCCGUCCUCGGGCAGCAGCUCCUCAAUAUCAACAAGCAGCGCCGGACACGGUAGCUACAAGAGUACUGCCAGCGCAUACGGAAAGCCGUCGACGAUGACCAGCAGCGGCAGUGGAAGCAGUAUUGCAAGCAAUCCCGGAUCUGCAUACGAUCCGGUCACCCUGCACAAGGAGCUGUUGGCCAUGCAGGCCGUUGCAGCGGCUGCCUCGGGCUCUGGAGUGGGCGGCAUGUCGGGCUUGGGCAGUGGCGGCAGCUCCAACAGUUCCUCCGGCAAGAAGUCCAGCGGCGGUGCUGGUGGAGGCGGCGGUGGCGGCGGCAGUUCGUCUCUGCAUGCCCACGGCCUAUCGAAUCUGGCGAUGAGCCUCGGCGCCGGCAGCAGCAGCGGUGGAGGCGGCGGCAGUGGUGGCGGCAUCAUGUCCAGCAGCAAAGCUUCGACCAAUGUCAGCUCCAGCUCGAGUGGUGGCAUGCAUCCGGGCCUGGCAAUGUCGCCGCACGGCAACAUGUCGGGCAGCGGCAUGGGCAGCUCUGGCAAGGAUCGGGAUCGCGAUAAGAACAAUCCGUCGCUGAAUGCGCUCAACUCGCUGUCACAAUUCGGAGCACUUGGCUUGACGCCGCAGCAGAGCAUGCAGGCGGCUAUGAAUGCCUUUGCCGCAAGCACUGGGGCCAGCGCCACGGUCACCUCGUCGGCCCACUCGUCCCAGCAGCAGCAACAGCAGCAGGUGCCCAGCACAACGAUGGCCGGCGGCAGUGCGGCCAAGGUCAAGGACUACAUGAGUAAUGCGGCCAUGAUGAGCAGCAGCAGCGAGCAUCCGUCGCUGUUGGGCGUAAGACUGCCGCCGGAUACGGAGAUUAUUAAGUACACGUCCUCCAUCGUGGGCCCCAAGAUUCCUGGUAGUACUUCACGCGGUCGCAAGAAGACCAUAUCUGAAACAGAACAACAACAACAACAACAACAGCAACAACAAGCCACACAGAAACAACAACACCAAGCAGAACAACAACAACAACAGCAACACCUUACACAACAACAACAACAACAGCAGCAGAAGGAUUUAGAAAGUACAACAAAUGCAAUUUCCUCUCUGCUUGCAUUUCCAGGGCUCAGUCCAGCGAAGCGUGCCCGACUCGAAAUGGAGUACGCAGCCAUGGCGGCGGCGGCGCAACAACAACAGCAUCUGCACGGCAUGCUGGGCGCGGCCGGCAUGCCCAUGGGCCUAGGCAUGACGCCCAUGGAGCAGCUGAGCAGCGUCUCCAAGGCAGUGGUGUCGGCCGCAUCGUCCUCCUCGACGGUGACCAGCACCGCUGGCGGCUCUACGUCGGGCCACAGUCACAACCAAAAUGCGUCCAGCGAUCGCGUGGAAGUGAUCAAGUUGCCACCGACCAUCACCUCCAACGGCGCAUACAAUCUGUCCAGCAAGGGAUGCGGCAAGGAGCUGCACGACUUGACCGGGGAUCCGGCUCUCGCCUCUGGCGUCAAUCUGAGCCUCAAGUCGAGCGGCGCGCCCGCCAGCGGUGCCAUUGGCUCUGCCUCCAAUCCCAUUACCAUAGACGACUUCGAUGCUCCGCUUAAUCUGUCCAUGAAGCCCUCGGACAAGAGCAGCAGCAACAAUGUGAAUUCGACAGGAGGCGCCUCAUCUGCUGCAUCAUCGUCGACGGCCUCGGCGGCGUUGGGCAAUCUGGCCAGCGAUUAUCAAACAGGGCAGAGCAGCAGCGGCAACGGAUCGAACAGCUUGCAGAGCCUGAGCUCCAUAACAGCCGCCUUGGGUGGCACCGGCGGCAUGCCCGGCGGUUCCAUCUCUGGCAGCGGCAGUGGAGCAGGCGGUGCAUCGCCUUCGCCGGCUCAGAGCAGCUUGCCCGCCGCUUCGGGCACGUCUGGCUCGUCAGGCUCGGGAUCGGGCUCAUCAACCUAUAAGGAGGGACGACCACGCAAUCUGGGUCGCGGCGUAUCGAAGCCCAAGAAGAACACGGUGGCCUCGCUGCUGGCCCAAUCCCGUGCCGUCGGCCUGAAGCCCAUGCUGGCCACACAGCAGCUGCUGCAGCAGGGCGCAGACAUUGAGAAGAUCCGCUUGGCGCUGAGCGAGGCGAACGCACACAUGGAAACGUCGACAGACUCGGAGAGUGUUGCCGCCGAGAGCGGCAUGUCGGAGUCGGAAAGUGAGGAUGCGAACAUAUUGAAUGUGGCGGAGCUGCGCGUGCCCUUGGAGCUGGGCUGGAAGCGAGAAACAGUCAUACGUGGCCUGACCAAGCAGGGCCAGAUACGCGGCGAGGUCACCUACUAUGCGCCGGGCAGCACCCUGCCCCUGAAGACCAUUGGCCAAGUGUUUGCUCUCUUGGAUCAGCAGCCAUCGAAUUUGUCGCGCGAAAACUUUAGCUUCUCGGCGCGUGCGAUUGUCGGCUCGUUCCUGCAGCCAGCGCCGGCGCCUUAUGCCAACGAUGGCGACUACAUACGCAUGACGGACGAGGAUGUGGCCAAGCGGCUGGAGGAUCUGAAAGUGUUCACGCGCCAGACGCUCAACGUGGAGCAGCGCAUCGAGAUCGCCAAGCAGCAGCAGGCAAUGCGCGACGCCAAGAAGCAACAGAAGGAGGAGCUGGCACGCAACAAGGAGAAGGCGCGACAGGAGAAGAAUGCCAAGCUGGAGCAGCAGCGCAAAGAGAAGGAGCUCAAGAAUCAGCAGGCCAUUGAGGAGCGCAAGAAACGGCAGGAGGAACUGGAUCGCCUCAAGCAGGAGGAGUUGCUCAAGAAGCAGCAGGAGAAAGAGAAGCGACGUCAGGAAGCAAUUCUAGCUAAGGAACAGGAACUUCAGAAGCAAAAGGAGCUGCUGCUAGCUGCCGAAAUGGAGCGCGAGCGUCGUCGUCAGCACAUGAAUCUGAUUCGCAUGCUGGAGGUGCGGCGCAAGUUCGAGGAGCGGGAGAAGAAGAAGCACCAGCUGGUGCUGGAUCGCUUGAUACUGCGCGAGCGUCGCAUGGCGGAGCGCAAGCGAGAUGCAGAGAUUUUGCAGCUAAUACGCAAACCGAGCGAGGAUUCGGAGCUGCCGCAGGAGCUGUCUGUGCCGGAACUGGAGCGCAUCGCUGGCAAUCGGUUGCCUGGACAGGCGAUGGCCGAUCUGCUGAUGGUGUUUGAGUUCUUGCACAACUUUGGCGAGACGCUGGGCUUCGACAUGGAGUCGCUGCCAUCGCUGCAGAAUCUGCACGAUGCGCUGAUCAGCGACAGCAACGCCGACGCCGAGGAGGAGCUGUUGUCGGUGAUGACGCAUUUGCUGGUCUGUGCCAUCGAGGAUCCGGGCGUGCCCAAUCCGGGCCGCCAUACCACGCUGCUGGGCCAGUCGCUGCGUAACGCGGACAUAACCAAUUCGAAUGUAUCCGAAAUUCUGCGCAUCUAUCUGUACGCCACGGCCACCGGCGAGAUACGACAGAUGCACGGCAUCACUGUGGACAGGGAGCGCGAGCGCCGAGUGCCCGACCACCAUCAGGUGGAUGCGGACACGGCCACGCACUCGGCCAAGAAUCACGAGUACUACAAGCUGCUGCACGAGAACGACACCUGGAAGCUGUCGCAUGCGCUCAAGGAUCGGCCCUUCGUGGCGCUCAAUCCGACGCGCAAGGCGCAGAUGCUGGCGCACCUGUGCAACGACCUGCUGAUGAACAAGGCCGUGCUGCGGCAGAUCGACGGCAGCCUCGAGACCUGCGCCCAGAUGCGCAAGGAGAAGUACAUGACUGACAUGAAGGUGCGCAAGUACAAGGCGCUGCACCAGCGCAAGGCGCGCAUCGAGGCCUACGAGAAGGCGCAGGCGGAGCGCGAGGCGGCCAUGCAGGCGCUGCUGGCUCAACAGAAGCUCGACGCGGAGCGGGAGCGCGAACGCCUCGCCAAGCAGGCGGAGGCCGAGGCCGAGGCGGAGGCCAACAAGCAGGCAACGGCCGAGACAUCGGCCGAUGGAACAGCCGCUGCAGCUCCGAGUGCAACGGAGGGCAGUGCUGCGGGCGCCGACUGCAACAGCGAGGAUAAAACGCAGGAGGAGCAGGACAAGCAGGAGCAGCAGCAGCAACAGCAGUCGCCAGAAGCGGAACAACAAUCACAGCCCAUGGACUUGGAUGGCGAUGCAGCAGUUCCGAUUGGAACUAACAACGAUGCUGUGGCAUCUCAGGCUGCUGCCUCCUUGGUCGAGGUGAGCCCGUCGAAGCAGCUGGCCAAAUUGGAGGAGUACCAGCACAAUGGCGGCACAGCCGGAGUCGGUGGUGCGGUGGCGGAUGGUGGAAUGUCGGCCAUGCUGCAGGCAAAGAAGAGCGGCGCACGCAACUCCAUCAAUGAGGAUGGGCACACGCAGAGCCACGAUGUGAGCAUCAUCGAGGAUGACCUCUCCGACCUGGACUCGGAGAUAACCAAUGUGGAGGAGGACGAGGACAAUCGCCUGAGUGCGGAUGAGCUGCAAAAGAAACUGGACAAAAUUGUGCGCGCCUCGCUCAACUGCAAGGAGGCGCUGGAGAAGAGCACCAAUCAGCUGCGCGCCGCCUGCUUUGGCCAGGAUCGGUUCUGGCGACGCUACUGGAAGCUGCCAAAGGCCGGCGGCAUAUUCAUCGAAGCUCUGGAGUCGGCACAGAACGAGAUUUGCGACUAUCACGAGGCACUGGAGGCCAUGGACGAGCAGCAGCAGAAGCAGAAGCCAGCGGAACCGGCACCCGAUGCAACGGAACAGAUGGCCGUGGAUGAUAGCGCUGUGCCCGAAGAAACACCCGAGGCUGAAGCAGAUGCGCCAGCAGCAGCAGCAGCAGCAGCAGUAGCAGGAGCAACAGUUGAUGCAACUGCAGCUGAGGCCAUGGAAGUUGAUGAGGCAAAGGAAGUGGACAGCGGCAAGGCGCAACAAACGAAUCAUCAGGCGGAGCACGUGGUCGAGGACGACGAUGACGAUGAUGAUGUGACGGAGAUUAACAAAGUGGAGCCGGAGAUAGUGGAUCUGGGCGACGACGAUGACGAUAUGCCGCCCGCCGUUGUGAAGCCCGCCGAGCCAAUUGUGACGAGGCCCGAGAUUAAGGUCAAGUCGGAGAUGGAACUAAUGGGACCGCCGCCGACGGUCAUCUCCACAAAGACGGACUUUGAGGCCGAGAUUAAAAUACCCACCAUUCCGGGUCUGAUACCAACGCUCAGCAACAACAACAACAACGGCAACGUCAACAGCAAUAAUAACAACAACAACAACAGCAAUGGCAACGGCAACGGCAACUGUGAAAAAAUGGAGGCACUCACUCAAGAUGAUCUGAAGAAGGAGGACGACUGCAUCAUUGUGUCCACUACACAGGUGGGCGAGGACACUACGCCGCGCUGGUUCUCGAUAGUGAAGCGCGAGGUGCCGCUGAUCAGCGAGCUGCCCGCGGAGGAGGGCGGCGUGGUGGCCCCAGAGCUGCAGCUGAGCUAUGCCAACUCCCAGAACUGCAGCGCACAGCUGCAGAUGCAGGGACAUCCGUGGGAUCUGAUCAACAACAUGCAGUACUAUAGCAUACCCAUGGAGGAGUGCAAGGUGGAUCCGAGCAAGUUCAGUCAGGAGUGCAUCUUCACGCUGUCGGGGCUGGACGAGAAGCAGAUGCAGGCCAAGCUGGAUGAGUACGAACAGGCCAAGUUAACGGUGUCAAAAAACGGUCUGGCGUCUCCUCAUCGUUGCCAGACAACUGAUGAGGAGCAGCAGCAGCAGCAAGAGCAACAAUCACCGCAACAGCAGCCAAUGAAGCUGUCCAAGUCCGAGUCUGAGUCGGAUUCGUUUUUUCGUUUGCGCGCUGAUGCCGCACCGGACACAGGAGGCGGGAACGGCGAAUCUUCCGAGCUGAAGCCCAAGAUUGAGCUGCGUCUGGAUGAGGCCCUGUCCCAGGCGUAUUAUCACAACAUAGCGAACAUGUCGCUGAGCAGCGUGCAGACCUACAUACCGAUCGACAUUCCUCUGCCACUCUCGAUGACGCCGGACGAGCACCGGCUGUUGGAGCAGGUGAAGCUGGCCGGAUUCCCGGAGAAGGUGCACGGCGUCUAUGUGCCACGCCGGCAGCGCUAUGGCUGGUGGCAGCUGGACGAUGAGCAGAAGCUGCGCCAGCUGCUGAAGACACUGAAUCCCUCGGGAUUGCGAGAGCGCGAGCUGCAGGAGAAUCUAACGCGAUUCCUGAGUCUUGAGCAGCCGUUGGGCAUCAACUAUCAGCUGAAGCUGAACGACGCCCAGGCUGAGCUGGUGGAGUACAUGCUGCCGGAUCGGCCGGGCGACUGGAAUCCCAAGGUGGCCAGGCGCGUGGAGCUGGCACUGCUGGAGCAGCUGGAGUCGCUCGAGGAUAAGAUAGCGAGCGCCUCGAUGCAGCUGAAGAACUGGCAGUUGCCCACGCGCAGCGACAACGACGUCAGCCUGGCCGAGCAGGAGGACUUGACCGAGGCGGACUUCGUGAGCAUCAUACCCAUGAUCCGGGAGCGCAUCAUCGAUCUGGAGGCGAACAUUGAGCGACGCUAUCUGAAGCCUCCGCUUGGCUCGCAGACCGGAGAUGCCCACCUGGCGGUCAUAGCACAGAAUCAGCACACCUCGACGCAGACCCAGAACUCUGCCUCGGCGGCCGCAUAUCUGCUGCAGAUGCAGCAGCAGCAGCAACAGCAGCAGCUGAUGGCCCAGCAGCAGCAGCAGAGCCAACAGCCCGGCAAUAGCCUCAAUGCCUCCGCCUUCAAUGAGCGCACCAUGGCGUUGGCAGCGGCUGCCGCGGCGGCUGCUCCAAGCAGCAGUCUUGCGUCCGCCUCCUGCGACACAGCAGCGGCGGCAACAACAGCUGCAGCUGCAGCAGCAGCAGGAGCAACGGCGUCAGCAGCAUCAGCUGGCAGCAUGGAGCCCUGCUCUGGCGCCGCCUCGCCGGCGAGCAACUGCGACAGCGACAAGGACGAGAAGGUGGAGAAUAUACCCAAGGGAUUGGUGCAGUGGCGCGAUGCUGUCGCUCGAUCCCACACCACCGCCCAGCUGGCCAUGGCGCUCUAUGUGCUGGAGUCCUGUGUGGCCUGGGACAAGAGCAUCAUGAAGGCGUAUGCAAUGCCCGCAAAGAACAACAAGUCCAACAAGAAGAAAAGUAACGCCAAAAAGCAGGCAACACCAAAGAAGAAGCAACAACAACAACAGCAGCAGCAGCAACAACAACAACAGCAGCAGCAGGAGCAAGCCCCAUCGAAAGCCAAACAAACAAAGAAAGAAAAGGACAAGGAAAAGAAGCAAUCGAAAGCCGCAGCUGCAGCACAGGCCAAAGCGAAGCAGGCGGAAACCGUUAAGGAGUCGACGCCAGCAGCCAAGACUGCAUCGAUGACCAUCAAAAUCAACUUGAAGGCUUUGGCACAGAAUGGAUGCGACCGUGCUCGUGACCAGAACAACGCCACCCCGAACUCGAACUCCAACUCGAACUCGAACUCGAACUCAGACACGAACUCGAACUCGGACAGUGACUAUUCGAACUCGCAUUCGAACGGCAAACGGAAACGACGACGACAAGGACGACGUUCAGGCACUACUACAAACUCUUGCAAAUAUUCAAACUCCUUACAGAAUUGCCAGUUCUGCACCUCGGGCGAGAAUGAGGACAAGCUGCUGCUCUGCGAUGGCUGCGACAAGGGCUACCACACCUACUGCUUCAAGCCCAAAAUGGACAACAUACCCGAUGGCGACUGGUAUUGCUACGAGUGCGUCAACAAGGCGACCAACGAGCGCAAGUGCAUCGUAUGCGGCGGGCAUCGGCCAUCGCCCGUGGGCAAGAUGAUCUACUGUGAUCUGUGCCCGCGCGCCUAUCACGCCGACUGCUACAUUCCGCCACUGCUGAAGGUGCCGCGUGGCAAGUGGUAUUGCCAUGGCUGCAUCACCCGUGCUCCGCCGCCGAAGAAGCGCAGCGCCGCCAGCAGCGGCGGCAGCAGCAGCAAAUCGCGACGGGAUCGCGACGCCAGCACCGCAGCCAAGCGACGAGGCAGCGACAAGCAGCAGCUGCUGGCUUCGGCUGGCAGCAUGGAGCAGCUCUGCUCCAUCGAUCAGCAUCAGCAGCAGCAGCAACAACAACAGCAGCAGCAGCAGCAACAGUUGCAUCUGCACAGCUCUCAGCAGUCGCUCAACUCGUCGCACGAUGAGUCCAUGACAUCCUUGCCAGCGCCGCUUAGUCCGGCGCAUUCGAUUGCCUCCGGCACGUACGAUGAGCACCACCACAACAACUCCAUCGACGCCAGCCGCUUCCAGGCGCACGUCGGCAACAACAAUGGCGGCGCGCAGCUGGAGGAGAAUGCUUCGUUUGCUGCUGGCUAUGCAGCGCCGAACAGCUUUGGCGUGGUGCCGACGCAGCAGGCGCAGGGAAUGCAGUUUGUGGCCAUGUCGCCGCGCGCUGUGACGCCCACACGGACACCGACGCCCACGCUGACGCCGACGCCCACCUCGACGCCUGUGCCAGCGCCAACGCCGCCACCGCCGACGCUGACAGCGCCGCUGCAGCCGCCGACGGCAAAUGUGGCGGCACCUGUGCUGAUGCAGUCCUCGCCCACCUCGCUGCUGAACGUUGCCUGUCAAUCGCCGCCGCAGCAGCAGCAACAGUUGCUGGCUAUGCCGUCGCCCAGAACGUGCACACCGACGCCACCAAGUGCUGGGACGCAAAUGUCGCCGCCCCCGAUUAACAUACACGCCAUACAAGAGGCCAAGGAGAAGCUGAAGCAGGAGAAGAAGGAGAAGCAUGCCACCAAGAAGCUGAUCAAGGAGCUGGCCGUCUGCAAGACGCUGCUGGGCGAAAUGGAGCUGCAUGAGGACUCCUGGCCGUUCCUGUUGCCAGUGAACACCAAACAGUUUCCCACAUAUCGCAAGAUCAUCAAAAGUCCCAUGGAUCUGUCCACAAUCAAGAAGAAACUGCAGGAUUUGAGCUACAAGUGCCGCGAAGACUUUUGCGUUGAUGUGCGGCAAAUCUUUGACAACUGCGAAAUGUUCAAUGAGGAUGAUUCGCCUGUGGGCAAGGCGGGUCACGGCAUGCGCAAGUUCUUCGAGUCGCGCUGGACGGAGCUCACAGACAAGCACUCCUGAUACCCUACUCAGACGCAGUCAGGUCCAGCCGCAGCUGCAGCAUCUGGAAGUACAACAGCAACAAUAACAACGGCAGCAGCAGCAGCAGCAGCCCCAACGAUGGCGACGACAAUGCAGCCAACAGCAACAGCGCAAUUCUGGUAGAGAUCGGGGCAGGGGUGGGAGAAGGCUGCUUAGCUAUAGAAUUUGUAUAUAACGGAAGAUGAACAGCAAGUAGUAGAGGGCUAAGCUUAAGUAUGUAGCGAUCGUUUGUAUUAUUACGCAUUAUAUUAAAACAAAUAUACAUACACAUACUAUAUAGAGACAGAGAGAGAUAGAGAAAGAGAGAGAGCGAGCAGGAAAGUAUUCAACGUCCUAGGUUACAUGCAGAGAUCUUCGAUCUGUGAAUAUAUCUGUAGCAGCAAACUGACAAGAACGCGUAACUAAUUAGUUGCAUUGCAAGCAGCAACAGCAGCUAACUAACUUUAGACUACAACUACUAAAUAGGUAGAAGAGCUGACGAAACUAAACGGAACAGUCUUGUGUGUGUCUAUGCAACAUUUGAACAGUAUUUGCGCACAAAGCUGCUUUUGCUUUGUUAUUAUUAUUAUAUUAUUUGAUUUGGAUUAAUUUAGUUGUUCGGAUAGUAGUUAAACUGUAACUGUAACUGUAAUUGUAACUGUAACUGUAACAUGUAACUCUUAACUGUAAUUCUAACUAUACCUACCUACUAUAAAUAGAAACCCUUCGCUUUAUGGUUUACCCCAUUGUAUUUGAUUUGUUAGAAAUCACCGGAGCGCUCAUUUAAGUUUUAAUUUGUAUCUGUACUUAUAUAAAUAUAUAUUUAGUGAAACAUUCAAUUGUAUUUAUAUAUGUAUAUCCUCAUAUAUAUAUAAAUGUGACCCAAAACCUAAAUCUAAAUCUAAACUUACCUAUAACAUACUCAAAAGGUAGAUGGCCGCAUUUUGUAAAUGAAUUCAAAAUUAAAUUAAAUGAAUACAACAUUUGUUUAUUUCAACAACAA